AUGAGGCAUUCGGCAGUCGGCGGCGUGGAGGAAUGCGUCUACCGACGGACCAGCUGCAACCAUGGCUUGUUGGCCAGGAGCAGCUCGGACUCGGACUUGGCCGUGGUGACGGCUGGUUAUCCCGGCAGCCUGGACGUCGAAGCGUACGAGGACGAGGAGGAGGAGGAGGAGGAGGACGGGGAGGACUCGGAAGACGAUGGGGACGACGACGAUGACUGCAUGGGAGCGGAGCGCAAUCCGCAAGAGGACCUACCGUAUCCGGGAUUCGUGUCCAUAUCGAUGAGAUACCUGGACCAGAAGUCCAGGCCCCGAAAUUGGUGUUUGGCCAUGAUCACUAACCCAUAUCCUUUUUUUGCUAAAAGUUUUCGCAGGGUUUUAAAAGGUUAUAAACAUUCGCAAUCGUUUUAA